GUCACAUGUCACUUCUGACAGAUAGCUAAAUGUCAAGGUGUCCGUCUCUGUCUGUCAGGGGUCAGGCCAUCAAGGAUUGGGUUGAGGUUUGAUUGAGGUAUAUUUUGCUUUUUGGUUUUUACUAUGUUUUAACAUUUUUUGUUAAAUAUUCCAGAGUGUUUUUUGAGGUGUAAUGCAGUGGGUAGUUUUUUAUUCGCAAGAACCUCUGUACAAAACGUAGUUCUAUUUCAACAGCAUUAAUCAACAAAGGUACCAAAAUUACAUUUUUUCCAAAUCUGUAAUUUCUCAAAUAAUUUCAUAAUUUACAAGAGAAAAUCUUGACCUAUAGCAGGGGAACCUGAAUGUUGUAGCCGACUAACUAUUAUUACCUAUUCCAUAUAAUUCUACUUACAUCAUGAAUGAUAUUCUGGAAAGGUUGGAAUCUAAUAACAAAGAAGUAGUUGAAAAUGUCAAGCAAAGCAUACGAGAGCAAUUUAUGAAAGUUAAUGAAUCCUGGCUACUGAAUGGCUUAUAUGAUUACUACAUUCAAACAAAUUCUGAAAGAGCAUUGGAGAUAAUAGUUAAUAUAAGGGAACCCCAUUAUGGAUAUUUAUUUGAUAGAUUGUCAGAUUCAAUAAGGAGCUCAAAAUUAGAAGCCAAAGUCCAGUCAUUGACAGUGCUGGGGUAUUUAGCACGUAGUCAGCCGACAUGGUUAUACAAAAUUCAAGAUCAUUCAUUAUUGAAAGAUAUGCUAAAUUUACUGAAAAAUGAAGUGGAGCUUCUACCAUUGAUAAGUGCACUUCUUGUUUUAAUAGUGUUGUUACCUAUGCUACCAUCGACCAUGGCAUAUUAUUUAAAAGAUAUUUUUGAUAUAUUCAGCCGACUGGCAUCAUGGAACUGCAAUCCAGGCAAAAUUGAUGACCAACUGAUUCAUAUGCAAGUCGCUUUGUACGCUUUAUUUUUGAGACUGUAUGGAAUGUUCCCCUGUAACUUUAUAAGUUACUUGAGGAGUCAGUACAAAGAUAAGAAUAAACCUGUAUUUGUCCAUACAAUUAAGCCAAUGUUACAUACAGUUAGAAUGCAUCCUUCUUUGGUCACUGCUUCAAAAGAUUUAGAAACAACUACAGAAAGGUGGCGAAAGAUGAAAGUUCAUGAUGUUAUAGUAGAGUGUGAAAGAUUUAGCUUAGAUUUAGUUGAUAGAUGCCCUCACGAUACUUGUCAAUAUCCGACGGGGUUUAGAUCAAGAUCAGGAACUACAAAUUCAACGAUAGAACCUUCAUAUCAGCUGUCAGACCUAAAAAGUUUAGCCUUACUCCAAAAGCCGCCUACCUCAGACUCAAGAACUUUCUUUACUCCAAGCAGUGUGUUUGCCGCCCCGCCUAUCUCAGAGUCGAUUCCGACGAAUGUCAUGCGUCUGCAGGAUAUGCCAUCUUCAGGAUAUCCUCCAGAAGGCACAUCUCCUCCAGAAGCUGCUAUAGAAGCCACUCCAGAAACAACACCCAUAAGAGAUUACCAUAGCAUCCCGAUCCGCCAACCGCCAACCAGCUCUAACGUGGUCCGUGCUCUGACCUCCUUUGCUGUCUCCAAACCUAGAUCCUCCCCUCUGGCUCCUACUUCUUCUUCGGGCACGCCCUCCCAUUCUCAACCCUCUUCGCCGAUGAGGCUCAAGGACAGUUCUGGGACCCACGGGGGACACGCGACACUCUUCACUUACCCAUCCGCUUUGGUCAGGGAUCAUGGGACCAGCUUGCACACCAAGCAGAAAGUAGAAAAGUUGAUGCUGGAGAGGAUACAUAUAUCUGAAGGUUUCAGUGAAGAUGUCUCCAAAAGCAAGUGUCUUCCACCGCCGUCUAGUCCUUUACGCAUCAUCAACCCAGAUCUGACGCCAAGACAGUUGAGCCCCAAGAGAAUAGAAACGUCGUUGAGUAAUGAUGACGAUGAGGGUGUGUCGAUAGUUAGCAGAGGAAGUGUACCAACAACACCUAAACGACUAUCAUCUGGAAGAGAUAUUUUCUCUCAGGAUUUUGGAGAUGGAGAUGGAAUUGAUGAAAGGGUUGAAGAGGAGAAAGAACAGGCCCAAGGGUCGCCUUGCACGGCAGGCGGACUGCAUAUGCCCAACUCGAAGUCGAUGAACAACUUUGCAAAACGAGUACAGCGAUUACGUCAUCAUAGUCAAUGCAAUCCCGAGCCAGAGAGAAUAGAGGUGUCGACAGGGAGUAGUCCUGGUAAAGGUAGUGCUGGGGCAGCGUUUAGCAGUACCACCGUUAGAAGGGCAAUAUCUUGUCCAGAAAUGAAGAAAACGGGUCUCUCGUCUGCCAAAGAUAACAUAGACAAACCUCUGAAGGAGACUGAUGAAGAGAUAACUGUAGAAAAAAACGGCAGUGACUCUCAUAACGGUUCUAUGGAAGAGAGAACUUACAGUACCAAUUCAACGCAAACGGAGAACUUUUGGCCGUACGAGCAUCUCUUUCUUGCUGUAUUUCCCUCUUUAGAAUCCAACAACGAGUAUAGAGCGAGCCCGUUACCUAGUCCUGCACCGUUCAAAGAGGAAAGAAGUUCACCUUCUGUUUAUGAUGUUUUAGAUAGAUAUCUGGAAACGGCAUGCCACGCAAGUAGCGAUAAAAAUUCAGUACAAUACCUGAAAGAUCAACUGCAACUGGUUCAUCAACACCUUUUAUUUGAGAGACAUCGGAGAGAAAUUCACGCUUAUAGAAACAGGAGGCUACUAUCAGAUGCGAAAAGCACACGAUUGCUGGAAGAGUGCAAUUCAGCAUUGAGGGACACAGUACAACUCCAAGAGAAAUAUUUAGAUGAUUUAAGGAAUCAAUUGGACAAGAAUAGAAUAGACAGGUUAGAAGAGGAAAAUAAAUUGAAUCGAACCAUUCAGUAUUGGGAAGAACAGUGCAAGGUAUUGCAAGAAGAAUGCAAAGGCUUGAAAAGUGCUAACGAGAACCUGGUUAGUGAAGCUAGUGAGUUGAAAAACCAAUGUGCCAUCCAAGAUGUAAAAAUUACUCAAUUGUCAUCUGACGUACUUGACGCUAUCGCUGAAAUGAAUGUCGCAAAGCAGCAAGCAAAGUGUGGUGAAAUAGGAAGGAAGCAGCUGGAGCAAGUAAAUAAAGAAUUGUUGAUGUUAGGCGAACUGCAAUUGAAAUAUCAAGAAAGGCUGGAUCAAGUCGAAGCGAAACGGGAGGUUCAGGAGGAACUAAAUGUAACGAAAGAGACCUAUCGGGAAGACAUUCGAGUUGUGAAUCACCAUCUGGAAUCGAAGAUAUCAAUGAUAGAUUCCUAUAGGACUAGGUUAGUAGAAUUGGAGCACACUAUGGCGUCCAAGGAAGCGGGGAUUCUUACUCAAAAGCAGAUGCUCAGUGGGUUAAAUGAACAGCAUUUUGAGAAACUUGAGGCUGUGGAAAGCAAAUAUCAAACGCAAUCGACGAUAUACCGAUCAUUAGAGGAGAAACUGCUCGACUUGAGGCAACGACUGGACAUUGCCGAGUAUGAAAAGAAACGGGCGUUACAUUCUCCUGAUACAAGUAGCUGCCACGAAGUAAAUGUCAGUACGACGGUAGGAUUGAGCCCACACUCGUCGCCAUUGUCAGCCUCGCUAGCUUCAUCUGAGGGAAGCAGUGUGCUGCAUGAGAGGGAAGUGAAGAAUUUGCAAGCAAUCGUGGACCAAAAGGAAGAAUAUUAUCCUGACAAUGAUGGGCAGUUUGCUUCCACGUCUACAAAAACCGACUGAUUUUUCAUCAAUGCUUAUACUUUUACAAAUGGAUGGAAAUUUACAAAUAUGGCAACAGGUAUUCAUUAUUUAAUGAAAUGCCUUCAAAUAUUGGGAAAACUUCGAGUGAGUGAGUUGCCUUUCGAAAAAACUUUAGCUUCUGAAAUUCGGACCAGCCUUGGCGAUAUAAUCAGUCAAAUCACCAAUUUUUUUCAUGCACGAUGCAACUAUUUUCAUUAUUAUUAUGUAACUAACAGAACACAGUAUCGGACUUGGAUAGCUGACAUUGAAAAUCCAAAAGAAAUUCAGGUUCAAGAUGUUUUCCAGUGUUAUUAUGGAGGCAAUUCACUGUGCGCUUUUGUGAGUGAUUUUAGAGUGCGUGAAAUUUGAUACAAAUAUUAAUGCAAAACAGUUGUUAGAAGGAAGAUAAGUCUAAACGAUUUACUUUAUCAGUUGCCAUCCUCAAAAGUGUUAUUUGUUAUAAGAAGUCGAGUUUAUUUGUGAAUUGAAAUGUUACUUUGUGUGAGGUCAGUUGUUGAAAAACGUUUUUGUAAUUUUAAUGCUGAUGAAAAUAUUACCUAUUUAUUGUUAUAUAUGGCAGAAUUACAAUGUUUUAUUGAAUUCAUUUGGU